AUGGAUAUUGCAAAAAUAAAAAAAAAAGUGGAAAAAGAAAAUGCAGACAGAAUAAAUAUAAUUAAUACUAAAUUUCGAACAUGUUUAUCCUUAUUCAAUAAUUAUUCAAAAUGUUAUGUUAAUAUUAAAAAAAAAUAUUUUAUGGACACAUGCAGAUAUGAUAAAAUAUAUGGAUUUGAAAAUAUAAAAAUAAAUGACGAAAAUAAAAAUGAAAUAAAUAAAGAAAGCAGUCUAGAAUAUCCAUACCCUUAUAAAUAUGAAAAUAAUAGAAAUAUAUUUUUAAUUAUAAACGCUAAAAAUGUUAACUCUAAUAAUAAUUGUAUAUAUAACAAUGAUAUUAUAUACAUAAUUUAUAAUAACAAAAAAUAUGAACACAUAAAUAUACAAAAAAAAACAAAUAAAAAACAUAAAUAUACAAAAAAAAAAAAUAGACAUAUUCGUAAUCAAGUUUUAAAUAAUCAAGAAAAAUCAACUAGCGAUUUUUCUAAUAACAGAAAUAGCAUAUUUUCAAGUUCAGAAGAUGAUGAAGAAAUAGAAGAUAAUGAAAAUGAACAGAACCCAUUAUAUAAUAGUACUAUAUUUGAAACCAGAAAUAUGAAUUUUUCAGAAACCCUUGAAAAAAAAUCAAAAAAAAAAAAAAAAUUUAAUUCAAAAAGCAAUAAAAGAAAUUUAAUUUAUUCAGAUAUUGAUUCAGACAAUAAUUAUGAAAAUGUAUUUACUCACAUAAAUUCAAAUUUAUAUUUUUUAAGUGUGUCAAAUAAACAUAUAGAAAAUGAACAAAAUUUAUAUAUACAAAAUGAAAAAUAUAUAAAUAAUAAUGAUAUUAUAUUUAAAAAACAUAAAUUUAUAAAAUCUUUAUUUAUUAAUUUAGAUACAUAUAAUUCAUGGAUUAUUAUAAAAAAAAAUAUACUAUUAAAUGAAUAUCUAAAUUGUUCUAAAAAAAAUGAUAUCGUUGAUGUAAAUGAUAUAUUAUAUGAUAUUAUUAACUCUUAUGCAAAAAUUAAAAAUUGUCAUACUAGAUUAUAUAUUAAUGAUGGCUUCUUAUUAAUAAAUAAUAAAACAAAAGAAAUAUUAGGGGUACGGAAAAUAAAUCAGAACUCAAAUUUAGAUACCAAUUAUAAUACACAAAAAAAUAAUCACAUGCAUAACGAUGUAAUAAAUCAUGGACAAAAAAACAAAGUAAUUAACGAAUCAGAAACUUAUAAAUUAGUAUUAAUUAAAAAAAUAAAUUUAAAUCAUCUAUUUUCUAUGUCUACAGAUAUAAAUAUUAUUUUCAAUUUUCAUGAUGUUUGUUUAAAAGGUUAUAAUAAAAUUGAUAUGGCCAAUAAUUAUUUAUUACCAAACAAUACACUAAAUUUGCAUAAUAUACAUUCAGAAUAUAAUAAAGAAAAUACAAAUAAUGUAAAUUUAUCCAAUUCUGACUACAUAUAUUUUAACAAUUACAUUACACAAAAAAUUGUAGAAAAUUAUAAUAGUUACAAUUUAUAUAUAAAAGAAUCUUUAUUAAUUAUAGACAUAUUAUACAUUUUAAAUAACAGUUAUGGAAAUCUAAUAUAUAUAAAAGAGUAUUAUAAAUAUGAUCAUCAAAAUUAUUAUUCCGACAUGGUAUUAUAUUUUAAAAAAAAUAAAAAUAAAAAUAUAUUAAAUAAUGCUACAACCCCUACUGCUACUACCCCCAAUAAUAACACCAAAUUUGAAUCACAUAAAAAUGGCGAAGAAUGUGAUAAAAAAAAAUCAAAAAAAAAACACAGCAAUACAUCAAUAUAUUCGAUUUCAUCAUAUAAUGACAGUGAUGAAAACAACCAGCCAUCUUAUGCUUCUUCAAAUUCGUCAAAUUCGUUAAAUAGCAACUAUAAUUAUUCACAAUUAGAUAAUUUAAAUAAAAAUAAAUUUGAUGAUUUAAACAACUAUUUAGUAUAUAUUAUACCAAAAUAUGAAAUUGUUAUUUAUCCAAGUAUAUAUAAUCCAAAAGAUCAAAACAAUAGUAAUAUUAAAAUAGUGAAAGAAAUUCUUAAAUUAGGAAUAUAUAUAAGAAAAAUUCAAAAAUUUAUUGAAAUAAAUAAACGGAGUCAAUCAUGUAAUGCCACAUUUGAAAUAUUUUCAUGUUGUCUAAAUAAUAUAAUAUUACACAUAAUUAAUCAUAUAAAUAGAAUAGAACAAAAUAUACGAAAUAUUUAUAAUUUUACAAAAAUUAAUAUGCAAGGAAAAGAAGAAAUUGCAUUAUCUCUUUUUGAUGAAAAUAAAAUGUCUUUUUCUGCAAAUAAUGAACAACAAAAUUUAUUUUUCACUAUUAAUAAUUUAUUUAAUAAAAAUGUAAAAAAUUUUAAUAUAUUUUUUAAUAUUAAUAUAGAAAAAGCUGAUGAUAUAUCUUUAUAUAAAAUUAAAUUAUGUAUAUUGCCGUUAAUGCAAAUAGCCAAAUUAUUAAAUAAAAUUAUUAACAAAAUAGCUAUAAAAAAAAAAUUUAAUGAUACAAAAUAUUUAAUAGAUUUAAUUUAUAAACUUCAAGAAUAUUUAAAUAAAGAUGAUAUUAAUAAAACAGUUUUAACAUAUUUACUUAAAAAUAUUACUAUUCCAUUAUUUGAUUUUAUUAAAAAUUAUAUAUUUCAUGGUAAGGUAAAAGACACAUUUAAAGAAUUUUUUAUUCAUGAAAAUAAACAUAUUACACCAUUUUAUAAACAAAAUAAUAAAAUUUAUUAUAUUAAUCAUAAUUUUUAUAAAUAUAUUUUUAAAAAAUAUAUUGAUUUGUCGACAAAUUAUUGGGGUGCUAAAUAUGUUAUAUUAAAUUCAAAAGUUCCGAAAUUUUUAAAAUCAAUUGCAAAUCAAAUAUUUAUUACUGGAAAAUAUAUAGACGUACUUUUAACAUGUUCCACUGUAUUUAAUUAUAACACACCAUUAUCUUUGAAUUUAAAUUAUCCUGACAAUAAUUAUAACGACUCAUCUUGUUCAUAUAUACCUGGCAAACUACUUCUUCUCAAUUAUGAAGAUCCCAUAUCAAAUGCACAUGUAAAUAACCAAUUUAAACAAAAUAGCCAAUUUCAACAAAAUAACCAAUUUAAACAAAAUAGCCAAAUUAACACAUGUACAGGAAAUAUAAUAAAAUAUGAACAAUCUCAAAAUAAACUUACAGAUCAAUUUUCCACAACCGAUGGAUAUAUAACUUAUAAAAAACAGAGAAAAACAAAUUCCACAAGAUUAAAUCAGUCAGGAAAUCGUUUUGGAAAAGAAAAUAAUUAUUAUGAUAUCCAAAAUAAAUUCAAUAAUCAAUUUUUAAUUGACCAAACAAACAAUAAUGAAUGUUUUUUACUAUAUGAUUCAGACGAAAAAACUUAUAAAGAACUUAUACAUAAUCAACAUUUAUAUGCAUCCAAAAAAAUGUUCGAAUUAUAUAUAAAAAAUAUUGAUAUAAAAGAAAAAAUAAGACAUCAUUUCUUUUUCUAUUUUUUACAAAUUAGUGAUUAUUUAAAAUAUUUUUAUAUAUUAUCACAUGACCAUUUAGAAAAAUUAUACAAUCAUAAAAAAAAUAAUGCCCUUACUAAAAUCAAAAAUUUUUUUGAUAUAUCUUUGAGAUCAUCAGUUUUAGAUAAUUUAAAAUAUAGAAAAGAUUAUACUAUUCAUGUUUCUGAUAUUUUAAAUAUUACAGAUAAUAUUAAUCUUAUUAUUGAUUUAAAAAAAUUCUGUAAAUUUAAUAAAUCUGCUCGAAAUUGUGUUGAACAUAAUGAUGAUAAGCAUCGAAAAAAAGGUAAUAACAUAGAAGAUAGUAGUGAUGGCAAUAGUAGUGAUGAUGAUAGUAGCGAUGGCAAUAGUGAUGGUAAUAAUCACAAGUUUGACAACAAUUUUCAUUCACGCACACAAAUAAAUGAACGAAGCAAAUCACCAAUUAACAUACAAACAAAUGUAAAUGUAGAAAUAUAUAAAGGACUCAUCUUAUCAUAUCAUAAUGUAUUUCCAUAUAAUUUAAUAUUUAAUAAUAUAACUAUAUUUAAAUAUACUUUAAUAUUUCGUAUAUUAAAUUAUUGCAAAUAUAUUGAACACAAAUUAACCGAAGUUUGGAUAAAUCAUAUGUAUAUUAAAAAUGUAGAUAUGUCUAAUGAAUGUAAAAAUAAUUUAAUGUUAUGUAUACAUACUAGAGAAUCUAUGAUUCAUUUUAUCAAAUGUUAUAUUUAUCAUAUUCAAAAUGAUGUCAUAAAAUCAGAAUAUAUUUCAAUGAAUGAAAAAUUAAAAGAAACUUUUAUUUUUGAUGAUAUUAUUUAUAUUCAUAAUAAUUAUCUAAAUAAUAUUUUUAAAUAUUCUUUUAUUAUUAAUCAAAAUAUUAUUAACUCAAUUUUAAAAAUUAUUUCCAUUGCUCAUAUAUUUACAAGACAUAUAUUAAAAUUCAGUUUUAAUAAAAAUGACCCAGCUAGCGAUAUUACACGAUCUCGACCUGAACGUGUUCAGAAUAAUUCAAUCAAUAAAGAUUUAUCAAAUCAAAAAAAUUUUAAUACAAAUAAUAAAACUGAUAAAAAUAAUUAUCAAAAAAAAUUCAUAAAUGAACUAUUACGAGACAAAGCAUAUAUAUCUAUGAUACAUAAUACAAUAAAACAUUAUGAUAAACAUUUUAAAAAUUUUUUCUUUCUUUUAACUGAAUAUGUAAAUAAUAAUAUUGAUGACUAUGCUCAUAAUUUUUUAAUCAAACUCGAUUAUAAUUUUUAUUACACAAAUAAAUAUAAACAAUCUUUUCAAACUAAUUCAUCUAAUUAUAAUCAAAAAGAUAACCCAGAUUGGCUACCUAAUCAAAGUCAAAAUCAACAUCAAUCAAAAAAUUAUUUAUCACAAAAUCAAGAUCAUAUUUCGAUUAACACCACUAAUAAUGAAUAUAUUGGAAAAAUUAAUUCUUCUGAUUAUCAUUAUGGAAACAAUGCACAUUUAAAUCAUCCCCAUAAAGAUCUAACUAUUAACGAAAACCCUGAACAAAUUAGAAAUUAUAAUAACUACAUAAAUAAUAAUGGAUGGCCAGUUAUACCGGAUAUAUCUCCAAUCUCAAAUCAUAUGACCAAUAUUCCCAUGCACACAACAAAUGAUGAUAUAUCACCUUUAAUGGCUCAUCCCUCAAACAGCUAUAAUAAAAAUAAUGAACAAAAUUUAAAAUAUGAAAUUAAUCGAAAUAACUUCACAAAUAUAAACCGUGAUAAUAACAAUACAUAUACCCAAAUUCAAAUGCAACAAAAUAAUUAUAAUAAAUCAAAAUUAAUUGAUAAUAAUAAUAUCUUAAAUGAAAAUAACUAUACUACAUUAUAUCCUCAAAAUAAUCAACAAAAUAUUCCAAUAACUCAUGAUAAUUAUGAACAUGCAAUAAAUAAUUUAUCACCUACUAACAUUAAUUAUGCCAAAUUGAAAAAAUAUGCUCCAUAUAAUAAUAACAACAAUAAUAAUACCAAACAAAUUAAUAGUAUAAAUGUAAGUAACAUCGAUUUGAACGGCAUUGAUAAUAGUAUCAACAACAGCAGAAUGUUCAACAAUUAG